GAAACUCUUUCGUCCCUAAGCAAGCAAACGCCAUUACCUCUCUCUCUCUUUCAACAUUUGCCGUUCCUCUUUCUCACAUCCAAACACGCCCUAAACACUCCUUCGCAGCGUAACACACCUAAAAUAUUCAUCGCAAUAGAGAGAAAACUCGAACGGAAAUAUAGAGAGAAGAGAAGGAGCUAAUCAAAGUGAAAAAGAUCGGACCAUUUUGGUCUCUGACUAGCCCAUGGCUUGGAGGCGCUUAAUCACGCAGGUCUCAAGGCAUCAAUCAGAGUUAAAACAAUGCAAAAAUCUGUUUGUUGGAACUUACUUUCCUGUUAACAAAUUCGGAGGUGGUGCAGGGAAUGGAUUUUUAAAAACUGAAAGGAGGUUUAGAUCGAGCUAUGUGGGUAGCUUCGCUCGCAGGGUGCGUGGUACAGAUGAAGCUAGUGGGGUUGCACGCCUUAAAGAACUUUAUCACCAAAAUGAUCCUGAAGCAGUAAUCAGAUUAUUUGAAAGUCAACCAUCAUUGCAUAGUAACCCAUCGGCAAUUUCUGAAUAUGUUAAGGCAUUGGUAAGAGUUGACAGGCUUGAUGGCAGUGAGUUGCUCAAGACCUUGCAGAGAGGCAUUUCUGGCUCAGCAAGGCAGGAAGAAAGCAUUGGAGGUCUUUCUGCUUUAAAAAACGUGGGAAAAUCUACAAAAGAUGGCAUUCUUGGAACUGCUGCUGCACCAAUUCACAUGGUGGCAACAGAAGGAGGUCAUUUUAAAGAGCAGCUCUGGCGUACUAUUCGUUCUAUUGCUCUAGUUUUUCUGUUAAUUUCUGGUGUCGGAGCACUUAUUGAGGACAGAGGAAUAAGUAAAGGACUUGGUCUACAUGAGGAGGUGCAACCUAGCAUGGAAUCUAGCACCAAAUUUAGCGAUGUAAAGGGUGUCGAUGAGGCAAAGGCAGAGCUAGAAGAAAUUGUCCAUUAUCUCCGGGAUCCAAAGCGCUUCACUCGUCUAGGUGGCAAGCUCCCAAAAGGUGUUCUACUUGUAGGCCCACCUGGCACUGGCAAGACUAUGUUAGCCAGAGCUAUCGCUGGUGAAGCUGGGGUUCCUUUCUUCUCAUGCAGCGGGAGUGAGUUUGAGGAGAUGUUUGUUGGAGUUGGAGCCAGGAGGGUGAGGGAUCUUUUUUCUGCUGCAAAGAAGCGAUCACCAUGUAUAAUAUUCAUUGAUGAAAUAGAUGCUAUAGGGGGGAGCCGCAACCCUAAAGAUCAGCAGUAUAUGAAAAUGACUCUGAAUCAGUUGCUUGUGGAAUUGGAUGGCUUUAAACAAAAUGAAGGGAUUAUUGUAAUUGCAGCUACAAAUUUUCCAGAAUCACUGGACAAGGCCCUGGUGAGACCCGGACGGUUUGACCGCCACAUUGUUGUUCCUAAUCCAGAUGUAGAAGGAAGGCGUCAGAUUAUGGAAUCCCACAUGUCAAAGGUCUUGAAGGCAGAUGAUGUUGAUCUGAUGAUCAUUGCUAGAGGAACUCCUGGGUUCUCAGGUGCUGAUCUUGCAAACUUGGUCAAUAUUGCUGCUCUCAAGGCUGCAAUGGAUGGGGCUAAAGCAGUAAAUAUGGCUGAUCUAGAGUAUGCAAAAGAUAAAAUUAUGAUGGGAAGUGAACGCAAGUCAGCUGUAAUCUCUGACGAGUCACGAAGGCUAACUGCUUUCCAUGAGGGUGGGCAUGCCCUUGUGGCCAUUCAUACUGAUGGAGCUCUUCCGGUUCACAAAGCAACAAUAGUUCCUAGAGGCAUGUCUCUUGGCAUGGUGGCCCAAUUGCCCGACAAGGAUGAGACUAGUAUUUCCCGCAAACAGAUGCUUGCUCGGCUUGAUGUUUGCAUGGGAGGGCGGGUUGCAGAGGAGCUCAUAUUUGGAGAGAAUGAAGUCACCUCAGGGGCUUCUUCUGAUCUCCAACAAGCAACUAAGCUUGCAAGAGCUAUGGUUACCAAGUAUGGCAUGAGUAAAGAAGUUGGAGUUGUCACGCACAAUUAUGACGAUAAUGGAAAGAGCAUGAGCACUGAGACUAGACUUCUUAUUGAGCAAGAAGUGAAAAAUUUCCUGGAAAAGGCGUACAACAAUGCAAAAACCAUCCUUACCACCCAUAGCAAGGAGCUUCAUGCUCUUGCUAAUGCUUUGCUUGAGCAUGAAACACUCACAGGGAGUCAAAUCAAGGCUCUGCUUGCCCAAGUCAACUCUCAGCAACAGCAGAAACAGCAGCAUCAGCAGAUAGUGGCACCACAAGGCAGUUCACAAUCCAAUCCAGUGCCUCCGUCGACUCCCAGUCCUGCAGCCUCUGCAGCCGCAGCAGCAGCUGCUGCAGCUGCUGCCGCAACUGCUGCUGCCAAAUCCAAAGGCAUUGCUCCUGUUGGAUCUUAGCAUCACGAGUGUUGUUAGGAGGGAUGAUACCUUUUAGCUAUUAGUUUAAUUCGAUGUGCAUAUAGUGAUUGACUUACAGACCGUUUCCUGUUGAAGUUCAAGUGUAGCUUGAUUGCUGGCGGAGAGGUUUUGUUUGUGCACUGUGGUGAGUCUUGAUAUUUGAUUGACCACAAGCUGUAGAAGAAUUCACGGCAGCGACGUAAUCAUGCCAAAUGUAGCAGUUAAGUAGGACCACAUUGGUAGACAUCCAGUGGCUUUUAUUUUUUUUCUCCAAAUAUAUUUACGGAUUUUGCCCAUACAGUUGCAAUAAUGUGUAUUUUAGGGAGAAUUUACAAAAAAAAAUUGCUUAUUGAGCUUUAUCAGUUAUGAAUUGUACAAUAUAUUAGGGAAAUAAAUCUAUUUUAUCA